GCCUCUUCCAUUGGGAAAUCCAGCUUGACCAGCUUCCCUCUCUGCUGGGUUUAUAAAAUCCCUGUCCGACCCAAGGGCAAUGCUUGCUUCCCAAAAGGGCACUAUGGGGUCCAGGCUUCUCCUCCUGGGUCUUCUUCUCUUCUGGGCUGGUUUGUCUUAUGCUAACAAGAAGAGAGAUAUCUGCCUCCUUCCUCCUAAACAAGGCAAAUGUGAAGCCUACAUUCCUAGUUUCUUCUUCAACCCAAAAUCAGGAAAGUGUGAGAAAUUCAUUUAUGGUGGAUGUGGUGGAAAUGAGAACAGAUUUGGGACCGAGAAGGAGUGUCUCCAGGCCUGCUCAGAGAAACCAGGAGUGUGCCCUGCAACAACUCCACCCGGAGAACUCGAUCCUUGUUUCUUCCCCUGCUCGAGUGACAGACAAUGCCCCGGCAAGAAGAAGUGCUGCACAAUUGAGUGCGGUAAUGCCUGCUUGGAUCCAGUGCUUGAAAAGCCCGGGAAAUGUCCAGUUCCACCCAAAGGCAAAAUAGCAACUUGCAUAGCUAGAUGCAGCUCGGACCAGGAUUGCCUUGGGUACCAGAAGUGUUGUGACUGGGCAUGCACGAAAGACUGCUUUGACCCUGUCUUUGGCUGACCUCCAAAGAGGCUUGGAUCUAUGGAUAGCCACCACCGGAGAUGCCUGGCCACAGUUCCUCUGCCCAUAUCUUCUUGCUUCUAGAGAAACUAAAUCUCAUUCUGCAGCAUUCCCACUUGCCCCAUUGAUGAGGAUCCCAAUUCUGCUUGCGUAACUCUCUUCAUUCCCUUGACAAUAAAUUGCACAAUCCUCUGAA